AUUAAUUAUUUCAAGAUAUUCGUACUGGAAUACUAAAAAUAGUUGUUUCUGGCUUUUCUUUCACAGAUGACAAGUGUUACCAGCACCCAAGUGUGAUUGUCAGCUGGUGUGAUGAUUUGAAGAAGUGGCCGCAGGUACAAAUGCCACACAUAAUUCACUACCUGCUCACAAACAAGGCAUGUGACUUGCGAGAAGUCAAUUCGUUCAGGAGUAUGAAGUCUUACACUUAUCUACAAAGUGGAUGGGUAGGGAGAGUGCUCCUGCAUGAGAUUGAUGACACGGUUGUGCUCCUGAAGUGUCAAGUGCAGGCGUCACAAUCAAUUAAAACGCACCACGAUGCAUGGGUGUGCUGCCAGCGUAGUGGAGAAGUCAAGAACAGUGGAUGUACGUGCAUGGCUGGGAGAGGAAAAGUGUGCAGUCAUAUCGGUGCACUUCUUUGGAAAUUGGACUUGGCGAUGUCACAAAGCAUCACAGGAGAAGGUUGCACUGACAAAUCAGCAACCUGGAACAGUGGAACAAAGAGGAACCUUGAACCAGCCGCUCUGACAGACAUAAACUUCAAGGUACAGAUGAGAACCAUUCAUAAUGACACCUGAAAAAAAAAAAAAGAUUCCAUCUUUGCCACAACUCCUCGGCAAUGAUACUGACAUCCAGGAGUUCUACAGAAACUGUCCAUUCCAAGAAAUUGUCAAUGUUACUGGUACCCUGCUUCAUGCGACUGUGACAGCUCCAUUUCGACGACUUCAGCCACAGCAAACCACGCCUGACAUCCAGCACAGCCCUCACGACAGUGUUGAUACCUUGCCACAAGGGUGCAUGCUGUGCAACAACUUCUAUGUAAAGUACAUAGUACUGUCAGGUGCUAGUAUGGCUGCAUUAGAGGCAUCAACAAGAAGUCAGGCGAAUUAUUUGUGGCACGUCUCGAGGCGGCUACGAAUAAUGGCCUCGAACAUUCGGAGGAUUCCAAAGCGGGUAACAACUCCAGCUGAAAAAGCUUUCCAAAGUAUCACAAGCCCAAACUUCUAUGGUAACGCAGCCACACAGCAUGGAAUAAACCAUGAAGUAGUAGCACGACUACAGUUUCAGAAGGAUUUUGGACUUGAUGCUGUUCAGCGUGGAAUAUACGUGUGCAAGGAUAAACCAUGGCUGUCCGCAACACCUGACGGAAUUAUAGAAUCUCACUGCGCUAUUCUAGAAAUCAAGUGCCCAUUUACACAGGACAGCAAAGUCAUACGGAGUGGGAAGUAUGAUGUGGUAGAGAAGGGAGGGGUCCAUAUCUUAAAUAAGAAUGGCCCUAGUGGAUAUUAUUCCCAAGUACAGUUCACUAUGUUGUGCACUGAGAAGCAGCUCUGUUUUUUGUACGUAUGGUCACCAAAGUCAGCAGUUCUCAUAGAGGUACCAAUUGACCCAUGUUAUGUCACACAUGAAAUGCCACGGCUUCAGAGGUUUUAUUUCUGUAAAAUGCUUCCAUGUUUACAAGGAAUGAAAAGCGAAGGUAAACUUGACCUGUCAGAAUAUGAAAAAAUAGAGAUGUAA